AGUUCUUCCACCCAACCCAAUCCCCAUAGUUUUCUGGUCACAUGGCUAGACUUGGCUUCAGGCCUGCCGUGGUCACAUGACACUUCGUGAAACAUGGCGGAUUAUGAGGAUCGUGAAGCGCUCCUUCCUGGAGCUGCCGGGUCUCGAAAGAGAGACAUGGCAGCAAUCUGCGACCCCAGCCGCUUUGCGCACAGAGUGGUGGUAUUGGCUCUUAUGUGCUUCCUGGGAUUCGGGAGCUAUUUUUGCUAUGACAAUCCAGCAGCUCUGCAAACACAGGUUCAAGCAGACAUGAAGGUGAACACAGCAGACUUUAUGCAGUUAUAUGCAUUUUACUCUUGGCCCAAUGUUGUACUCUGUUUUUUCGGAGGAUUUCUGAUUGAUCGGGUUUUUGGAAUUCGACUCGGCACCAUAAUAUUUAGCCUGUUUGUUUGUGCAGGACAGGUCAUAUUUGCAACUGGAGCUUUAGUUAAUGCAUUUUGGCUGAUGGAAGCUGGACGAUUAGUUUUCGGAAUUGGUGGUGAGUCACUAGCUGUUGCACAAAAUACCUAUGCAGUCAGCUGGUUCAAAGGAAAAGAACUGAAUCUGGUAUUUGGCCUGCAGCUUAGUAUGGCUAGAGUGGGCAGCACGGUAAAUAUGAAUGUCAUGGGUCUGGUGUACAGUAGGAUCAAGGAUCAUAUUGGUGCUGCUGGCUACAGUACCCUUGGCGUAACCCUUAUGAUUGGGGCUGUUACCUGUAUAUUUUCUCUGAUAUGCGCCCUUGCACUUGGUUAUCUGGACAAACGUGCUGAAAAAAUACUCGACAAAGAGCAAGGGAAAACAGGUGAAGUUAUUAAGAUAACAGAUGUUAAGGAUUUUUCCCUUUCGCUGUGGCUGAUCUUUAUCAUCUGUGUGUGUUACUACGUUGCUGUGUUUCCUUUCAUUGGGCUGGGAAAGGUUUUCUUCAUUGAGAAAUUUCAGUUCUCCCCAUUACAAGCAGGGGCAAUAAACAGUGUGGUUUAUAUUAUCUCUGCACCGCUGUCUCCUGUGUUGGGAUUUAUGGUUGACCGGGUUGGAAAGAACAUUAUCUGGGUUAUGUGUGCUGUGGUUGCUACACUUGCAUCUCAUCUCAUGCUGGCCUUUACCUUCUGGAACCCAUGGAUUGCUAUGAGUCUACUGGGUGUCUCCUAUUCUCUUCUGGCUUGUGCUUUGUGGCCCAUGGUUGCGUUUGUUGUUCCAGAACACCAACUGGGUACAGCAUAUGGAUUCAUGCAGUCCAUUCAGAAUCUGGGGCUUGCUAUUAUUGCGAUUGCUGCUGGUGUCAUACUGGAUGCCAGGGGAUAUUUGUUCCUGGAAGUUUUCUUCAGUGCUUGUCUCUGCAUGGCUAUUAUUGCAGUUGUUAUGCUGUAUUUUGUGAACCUCCUGAGGGGUGGUGAUCUGAAUUUAUCAGCUUGGGAAAGAGAAAAACUACAGAAACAAGCUGCCAUUGAAAAAGAAAGUUGAAUAGCAAAUCUGUCCUUCGAGCACGCAGAAUGCGGUCAGCAGCCUGUCCACUUGAAGUGUCUCCUUAACUUGACAUAUAGUUGCAGCAACACUGCAGACUUGUAACAAUUGUCUUUCCCAAACUUGCCAUAAUCAUUCAACAUGUUUAGAUUUUAAGCUUUAUUUUUAGAUUUUAAUAUGAAAAGGGACAGGCCAGGUGGCCAGAUAUUUCCUCUUUGUCAAGACUGCGAACUGUACCUAAUACCUCUAUAUGGUAUGUGUCAGAGAAUACAUGUUCUUGAAAUAAUUAUAGCGUACUGAGCUGCGGGACCUACUGUAUUGAUUCUUACAGUACUUCCUAAAGUCACUUGCAUUAUGUUUGGAGAUUAUAAAGCAAUAUGUUGUUUUAUGAGCACUUAAGCCUUCCACUGGGACUCCAUUCAGAUUGCACUUAGAACUCUUUUUUUUUUUUUUUACUUCAGUUAAUUUAAAUUCAAUGUUUGCCGCUAGUUUGUAAUUUUUCUUAGAUAAUUCAUUUUAUAUGCUGCAGUCACUUGAUGGCACUUAGGAAGCGCGGGAGUUUACUUACAGAUCAAAAAUCAACUUUUAGUUUUUCUUUCUUUUUUAUAGCUUUUAUUUUUGUUUUGCACAGAUCCAGCUUCUGUUCCAGCUGUCUGUUACAUAAAAUUUGUGCAAAGUACGUAUAAAAUGUAGUCGUGGAGCCAAUUAUGCUGAUGGGGAAUUGGAUGGGUGUAAUGUUAAUGUAGAGAAGCUUGGUGCAUGGAAACAUAUUUUAAGCAGAACAGAUGCCAUUUUUGGGAAAUAUCAUAAAGAAAAUGGUAAUCACCUAUUGUUGAAUUGCUUACCCAUGCAGUUUUAGGCAAACCAGUAUGUGUCCGUUUGAGCCUAGAGAAGUAUAUUGUAUACACUAUGCGAUCAUCUUCCUCUUGUCAUAGAUGAAAAGUCACAAUUUUUAAAUAUGGCUUAUGCUUGACUUUUCUGAAGGAUAUAAAAAGGUCACAAUGCCAAGAUCCAAAGAAUUGCCACUGGUACAUAUUGAUGAAAAUCACUGAUUUUAAACUGGGCCUGAAAACAGUUGUUUAUAUUCAUAUCCGCAAACAUUGAAAAUAAUUUCUAGGGACACUUUUAUCACUGGGCCUUUGUGCAAUGUAAGAAGAGCCACGACCACCACACAUGUACUGAAUGGAUAUCAUGAUUACAGUUCAAUGGAAUAUUGAGAUCCCUUUUUAAUAACGGUAGAGUAUAGAGUAAGAACAGACAUUUGAAAUCUUGAUUUUAAAGGAACUGCUAUCGUUUAUAUGAACAAGCUGCUGUGUAGCUAUGGGGGCAGCCAUUGAAAGUUGAAAAGGCUCAGGCUUAUAUAGCAGAUAACGGAUAAGACCUGCAGAAUACAUUAAAAACUUUUCUGUUAUCUGCUAUGUAACCUUUCCUUUUCUCGUUUUUUUCCAGCUUGAAUGGCUGAUCUCCAUAACAACACAGCAGCGUGUUAUAUAAACUAUAGUAGUCUUUCUGAAGCAAACACACCAAUUUUACCAGUGCAGGGCAACAGCACAUUAUGUGUCAAUUACUUUAAAGCACUUUUAUUUUUUGGUGUUACUUUUCCUUCAAGUCCUUUCCCUCUCCCCCAGUGGUCUAUAUUGUGUGCUACUAAUGUCAAACUAACCUAGUGAACAUCAUUCUUUGAAAGGAGGGCUAAAACGAACUUUUAGGCCAAUGGCAGAUGGGUCUUUUUUCCUUUGGUAUUUAUACCAGGGAAGCCAAUCCAAUACCUUCCACACCUUCUAUGUGUGUUUAAACACAUACUUUAUCGUGGUCGUUAACAGUCUGAUCCUGUGGAAGGCAAUGGAUCGCUUUUCUCCACUGCUUACUGACCUUAGAUUAAGACUGCACAUUGUAGUCCCAUGCAACAGGGCUAAUUAUUAAUUAAUAAGUCUAGCCUGUCUCUGGUUUCUGUUCAGCCAUCAUCUGCACUUCAUAGUUAUUAACCCUUACAGUAUGUAGAUAGGAGUUUGUGAUAGAAUAGGGCUGCUAAGAUAUGUGUAAACAGGAUACCAUUAGUAUACACAUACUGCAUGGCUGCUUAGUUAUUACUUUAGUCGCAUUUGCAUAUACAUUCAUCUCAUAUCUACAGUGGUCCUGCCACGAGUAGACUGGCCAUAUCAUCUCCUUCAGUAGCCACACACAUACACACAAAUACAGCUUGUUGGUCAGUAGUGAUUUUAAUGCAUCCCUGCAGAACGUGUGAAUCCUUGAUAUACAGUCAUCUCUUUGACCAGCGAUGCAGGAGUUCAUUACAAUCUUUGCAACCUUCCAGCAUGCCUUUUUAUUUCUAAGAACCUUCACUUACAGGCUUGAUGCCUUUUGCUAACUAUAAUAUAAAUAUGUUGAAUUGUAUUAGUUGAUGUGUCGGCAGCAUAAUUAGGCAUGUAUGACUAAACAUAUACACACACCUAAAUCUAUAUUUAUAAAUAUACGGUAUGUGCUUUGUUAUAUGCUGCCUGUACUCAGAUGCAUUCACAACUGACCCCAUAUACAUGUUUUUGCUGCUUUUAACUAUAAAAAGAUGUUUAUUUUGAAAGGUUUCAAGGACAAAUUAUCCCCUCGAAACUGUACAAACUGACUGGUUAAAUCAGUUCAUGGCCAUGAUGUAUUUUUUUUAAAACGUAAUAACUAAAGCAUUGCUACAACGAGCCACAGACUAAUGGCACAAGUGUUGUGUUUUGUUUUUUUUAAAAAAAUUCCCUUGGCAGUGUAAUUACACCAAUUAUGCAUUCACGUGGGAAUAAUUUGCCUUGGCAAAUGGAAAAUACAUGCAUUUUUGAUGGGUAUAAAAAUGGCAAACAAUACAGGGUAGAGCAUUUUUUUGCCCUUGACUGAAAUAUACCAUUAAUUUUCAAUGAGAAUUGAUUGCGAUCCAAACACAAUGGUAACUACAAUGCAUGGCUGAAAUACCUGUUUCUAGAAAACUUUUGCAAGAGAAUAUGUCAUUAAGUGGAGCAAUAUACCAACUAAUUAGUGCUGCCCUGCGUCAUUACUUUUAUGCAGUUACACAAAUGUAGCAAUUCGUCAUAAGUAACCUGUUGCGGAUAAACACAAUAAGUAUGGGAAACUACAGGUAUGGGACCUGUUAUCCAGAAUGCUCUGGACUUGGGGGUUUCUGGUGUAUAAAUCUUUAUGUAGUUUGGAUUGUCAUACCCUUUAGUCUACUAAAAAAUCAUAUAAACAUGAAAUAAACCCAAUAGGCUGGUUCUGCUUCCAAUAAGGAUUAAUAAUACCUUUGUUUGGACCAAG